AUGGAAAAAGUGUUAUCACAAAAACAAAGAAAAAGAGCUACAAACUUCAGCAAGGAAGAGGAGCAUUUGCUUGUUGCUCUGGUGGGACAGUAUAAAAAUACCAUAGAGUCAAAAAAAUCUGGGGCCUUUAGUUGGAAACAGAAAGAAGCGGUGUGGAAAAAAUUAGAAAAAGAAUUCAAUUGCAGCAAUACGGCAACAUCUUAUAAAGAUGCGAAGACAUUAAAAACUAAGUACUGCAAUAUUAAACAAAUAACGAAGGCCAAAUUUGCCGAAAAUAUAAAAAAAAUACAUAAAACUGGAGGUGGAAUAUCCUCGCCUGUUCAUUUUAGCGAUAUAGACUUAGCAGUAAAAGAUUUAAUAGGAAAGCAAAUAGACGGCCUACAAAGUGAAUUUGAUUCUGAUGCUGAUGCAAUAAAAGGCUUAUGUGAAUCUGGUGAUGCCUCAAAAGUAGGUGUAUCCAAUUUGGAACUACCUGAAGAUACCCAAGAGUUUAUGUCAUUGGAUAACGAUAAAGCAGAGAAAGAAGUUGAUGCCGAAGGUGAUAAAGAAACAGACGAAAAUGAUUGGUCAGAUUAUACAACGAAAAUGCUUAAAAAACCAGUGACCUCUAAAUUACAGCAAAAGAAAACCCACCACUUUUAUCCAAAAAAAUAUAAUACUAUUCAGAAUAAGUUAAUGGAAGAGAAACAAAAUUUUUUAAAGUUACAGCACAAAUCAUUUUUAACAGAACAUCAAGAGAAAUUAAAACUGAUUAAAUUAGAAUGUGAACAGAAGACUGAAUUAUUUCAAAAAGAACUUAUUCUAAAAGAAAAAGCAAUGCAGGAACAUGAAUUAAAAUUGCAAUUAUUAGAAAAACAAAUGUUGUUACUCAAUAAACAAAUUGAGAGUUUGGAGUUGUAA